AUGUUGUGCUUUUAUACUACUGUCAAAUGCUCGUUGUUUAUGCAGCUGGGAUGGAGAAUAUUCAUGUAUAAAAAACAGAUAAGGAACGAAAAUGAUGCAUAUUCGUACUGCAAAACAAGGUUGAGGGAGUACUCGGAAAGACUCUUCAUUGAUGACACAUCGUCAAACAGCGAAAACGAUUAUGGCGAAAUGCAUGGAUACAAUAACGUGGACAGUCAUGGUAAAGCAUAUGGGAAUGGGCAUAAUAAAGUAGAAUGUGUUUCUAUUUUCACGUCUCCCUCGAAAACUAUUGAGCUUUUGAUAAUCCACGAUUGGAUUGAAAUAAGGCUGUUUGAGUGGGGGGAGAAAGGCACAGGCCUCAUCAUCUUGGAAAAGACUGGAGUUAAAGAAGUUAAAUGCAAGACGGAUGGUGGCGAAAAGACCGUGUCGUUUAUAUUAUAUAAAAACAGCUGUGUUACUAGCCAAUUUAAGGUUGUCUUUUACAAGGAAGAGAACAAGCGAGUCUUUCUAGAAUACUUGGCUAGCAGAGUGAAAGGCACCAAUCUAGAAAGCAACAGCCUGAAGGACCUACCCCUGAAGAGCUUUAUGGACCAUAUAAGUGUAGUUCAGUUCGUAAGUAGAAUGAGUGAAAUGAGCGGCGACAAGAAAAACGAUAUUAAAUGCACCAGCAUUGAAGAUUUUGUAAAGGAGAUGAACGUCUUGUCUGGUGCAUAA